AUGGCUAAUUCCAGAGCAAAAACAAAUAACGACACGGAUGCAUUCGUUAAGGUAUUAUCUGACAAAGCUACCGAUAUGGUUCUAGGAACACACAUCAUCGGCCCGGAUCUGGAGAACUUAUCAAUGAAGCGUUACUUGGUCAAGAAUACGGAGCAUCAAGUGAAGAUAUCGCCAGAGUGUGCCACGCUUACCCUACCUGCUCUGAGGCUCUGA